AUGCCGACGAAGAGGAAGGACGCCAAGGAAGCCAAGGCCACCGAGGAGCAGAAGUCGGACGCGGAGAUCAUCAAGGACCGCCGGUCCGUGGAGUCCUUCGGCUCCGCCGACAGCUACCUCGGCUACAUAGGCUGGGCCCUGUGGGCCCUUGCGGCCGCGUGGUUGUUCUGCUUCUCCGCCAGCGCGCCGCCCGUCUCCGAGCUGCACGGCGGCGUGGCCGACCCGCUGCUGGGUGGUGGACUUUGUUUGCGUCCCUGUCCUGCGUCGAUGCCAGAUCCAACAGGGGACCACGCUCAAGCAUCGCAGAGCCUGGCUGGUAAUAUUAUACGGGCCGCACGCAGCGGUCGCAGUGCAUCACGUUUAACCUGGGGCGGCAGACGACCCCAUUGGUGA